CCCCCUCCCUUCCCUCGUUUUCCCAUCUGCGCCGACUUCCCCACUCCCCUCGGAGGGAAAGAACCCCAGCACUCUUAUCCCUCGUCCUCCCCCUUCUUCCACCCAUCCAGCCAUAAAAAAAGAAAGAAAGGCGAGGAGCAAGAAAAGCAAAAGCAAAAGGACUCGCCAUUCCACCAAAAAGAAACACUUUCUCCUGGAAAAGAAGAAGACAGCGAGAGAUAUAGUCUCGAGGAAGGCAUGGGGAUCGGAGGCAGAAGUACCCACGAGUCUUCGCCGCUUAAUGCCAGAGCUCAGAUCGUUCGAAAAUGUCGGAAAUCGUGCCCGAAGGCCCCUCCCACCGGCCGAUCCGGCCCUCCUCCACGCGGUGCCUCUGGCGGCCGUCGAGGGACCCGGACUACGUACCGGAGCCCUUCGACAGCGAGAAGCUGCCUUCCACUCUACUGACCGAGAUCCGGCCCUUCCUUCGCGUCGCCAACCAGAUUGAGAGCGAGUCUCCUCGCGUUGCCUACCUCUGUCGUUUCCAUGCUUUUGAAAAGGCACACUUGAUGGAUCCUCAUUCAAGUGGACGAGGUGUUCGACAGUUAAAAACUUCACUUCUUCAGCGUCUUGAAAAGGACGACAAAGCCACUGUACGGGAGGGAAAACAUGAUGCUAAAGAGCUGAAAUCAUUCUUGAAUAGAAAAAAAUUGAUGAAUCAACAUGAUAUUGCAUCUGUUCUGUCUGAAGUUUUGAAGGCUGUUGCAUCUGGAGCCUGUCCUGAGAUCCUUGCUGCUGGUGAAGAAAUUGAAGAAAAGUCAGGUUCAUAUCGUCCAUAUAAUAUUCUUCCGCUUGAUUCUAGAGGUGGUCAGCAAGCAAUUAUGCUUCUACCAGAGAUUAAAGCUGCAGUUUCUGCUGUCCGUAACAUACGAGGUCUUCCCUUAGCAAGUACUCAUCAGGAAACAGGUGCCUAUGCAGAUAUACUUGAAUGGCUUCAAUGCUGGUUUGGAUUUCAGAACGGAAAUGUAGCAAAUCAGCGGGAGCAUCUAAUUUUGUUGCUUGCUAAUAUACAUGCUAGAUUGUAUCCAAAGCCUGCAUCCAUGAUGAAGCUUGAUGAUAGAGCUGUGAAUAAACUGAUGCUGAAAAUAUUUAAAAAUUACUUGAACUGGUGCAAAUUUUUGGGCCGAGAAAGCAACAUUUGGUUACCAUCUGUGAAGCAGGAAGUACAACAGUAUAAAAUAUUGUAUAUUGCUCUUUAUCUUCUUAUUUGGGGGGAGGCUUCAAACUUGCGGCUCUUGCCAGAGUGUCUGUGUUACAUAUUUCAUCAUAUGGCAUAUGAGGUACGUGGAGUGUUAACUGGUGCUGUUAGCAUAAACACUGGAGAAAAAGUUGUACCUGCAGGUGGAGGAGAAUGUGAAUCUUUUCUUAAUAAUGUAGUUACUCCAAUAUACAGGGUCAUAUAUGAGGAAGCUCAAAAGAACCAAAAUGGGACUGCUGACCAUUCUACAUGGAGAAAUUAUGAUGAUCUGAAUGAGUAUUUCUGGUCUGUUGAUUGUUUCAAGCUUGGUUGGCCUAUGCGUCUUGACAAUGACUUCUUUUGUACAUUGUCUUCUACUAAAAGUGAACAACCUAAGCAUGACACUCAGGCUGCUACAAAUACAUCUUGUCAGCAGAAAUGGUUGGGGAAGACAAAUUUUGUAGAAAUUCGAUCAUUUUGGCACAUUUUCAGAAGCUUUGAUAGGAUGUGGACAUUUUUUGUACUUGCACUCCAGGUAAUGAUAAUUAUGGCAUGGCAUGACCUGGAAACUCCUCUUCAGUUGCUUGAUCCAAUGAUCUUUGAGGAUCUUUUGAGCAUUUUUGUAACUAACGCAGUUCUGAGGCUCAUACAAGUGACUCUAGACAUUGCUUUUACAUGGAAAGCAAGACACACAAUGAACUUUAAUCAGAAACUAAGAUUCCUGGUCAAGUUUUUUAUUGCUGCUGCAUGGGCUGUCACCCUUCCAGUUUCUUAUGCCAGUUCACAUGGAGAUUCUCUCUGCCACACCAAACAUCCUGAAAGCAAUAUUUAUAUUUUUUGUUGGUCACCAUAUAUGAUUGUCGUUGCAGUAUACUUGGUGACCAAUGUAAUUGGGGUGGCAUUAUUUUUUGUUCCUGUGGUUAGCAGCUACAUUGAAACCUCAAAUUCGUGGGUGUGUAACAUUCUGUCAUGGUGGGCUCAACCUCGACUGUACAUUGGACGAGGGAUGCAAGAAGGCCAAGUAUCUCUUCUAAAGUAUACAAUAUUCUGGGUGAUUUUAUUGUCAAGCAAAUUUUCAUUCAGCUACAAUUUUGAGAUAAAGCCACUUGUAGAACCCACGAAACAAAUAAUGAAAGUCAGUGUAAACGAAUAUGAUUGGCAUGAGCUAUUUCCAGAAGUUAAAAGCAAUGCUGGUGCAAUUCUUGCUGUGUGGUCCCCAAUUAUUCUGGUCUAUUUCAUGGACACACAAAUAUGGUAUUCUAUAUUUUGCACAAUAUUUGGUGGAAUUUAUGGCAUUGUUCAUCAUCUGGGUGAGAUUCGUACAAUGGGAAUGGUGAGAACUAGAUUUGACUGCUUGCCAUCUGCAUUUAAUGUUUUUCUUGUACCUCACUCAUCACAAAAUGCAAAUAAGAGGUCUUUCAGAAGCUUCUUGCAAAACAACAUUUUUAAGGAUUCAAAAAUUGAAAGGAAUGAUUUUGCUAGAUUUGCUUUAGUUUGGAAUCAUAUCAUCCGUAGUUUCCGUAUGGAGGACUUAAUAAGCAACAGAGAGAUGGAUUUGAUGAUCAUGCCACUGUCAUCAGGCUUGACUUCUGGCCCUGUGCGGUGGCCCUUGUUUCUCUUAGCUAGUAAGUUUUCAACAGCAGUGAACAUGACUCGAGAUUUUGUUGGAAAGCAUGAGCACCUCCACCGAAAAUUAAAAAAAGAUAAUUACAUGUUCUGUGCUGUUAAGGAGUUUUAUGACUCAGUAAAGAGUAUCUUCAAGUUUCUUGUUGUUGGUGAACUUGAAAUAAGGAUUGUGGAUACCAUUUUCAAUGAAAUUGAAAGAAGUAUCAGAAAUUCAAGCCUCCUCGUGGAUUUUAAGAUGCAUGAACUGCAAACUCUACGUGAUAAAUUUGUCCAACUAGUUAAAUUACUGUUUGAGAAUGAUAAAGAUCAUUGGGAUAAAGUAGUCAUAUUACUUCAAGAUAUUGUUGAAAUCUUGAUCAAUGAUAUGAUGGUAGAUGGCCGCAGGAUAUUGGAUAUGAUUAAUUGUUCUCAAAUCAUGAAGUGGAAUGAUGAUGGCCUAUUAAGAGAUCAUGAACCAGAGUUGUUUGCAUCAAAUGCCCCGAACUCUUCUAUACGUUUCCCGCUUCCAGAUGAUGGCCUACUGAAGGAACAGGUUAAACGACUAUUUUUGCUGCUUACUGUCAAUGAAACAGCUAUGGAUAUUCCUACUAACUUAGAGGCUCGACGGCGCAUCUCGUUUUUUGCAACUUCUCUUUUUAUGGAUAUGCCUGUUGCUCCCAGAGUUCGCAAUAUGUUGUCAUUUAGUGUGAUGACUCCAUACUUUCUUGAAGAAGUUAAUUUUUCAGAGGAGGAGCUUCAUUCAAGUGAAGAUGGGGUAUCCAUCUUAUCUUAUAUGCAAAAGAUAUACCCAGAUGAGUGGAAAAACUUCCUGGAACGUUUAGGUACUAAGGUGACCAAUGAUGAAGUUCGAUAUUGGGCUUCUUUCCGUGGGCAAACACUAAGUCGCACAGUUCGAGGAAUGAUGUACUAUAGAGAAGCAAUAAGGUUACAAGCAUUUCUUGACAGGGCCAGUGAUAAUGAUAUUCAUAGAGAAAAUAUUGCCAUUGAACGAGAAUACAAUAAGAAGAACAGCCAACAAUCAUUGUUUGCCCAAUUUGAUGCACUGGCAGACAUGAAAUUCACAUAUGUCAUGUCUUGUCAAAUGUUUGGAGAACAAAAGUCUUCUGGUGAUCCACAUGCUCAAGAUAUUAUUGAUUUGAUGAUAAGGUUUCCAUCUUUACGUGUUGCCUACAUUGAAGAGAAAGAAGAAAUAGCAGACAGUAAGCCUCACAAGGUUUAUUAUUCAGUUUUGGUUAAAGCAGGCAAUAAUCUGGACCAGGAGAUAUAUCGUAUCAAGCUUCCUGGUUGUCCAAUUAUUGGGGAGGGGAAGCCUGAGAACCAAAAUCAUGCAAUUAUUUUUACUCGGGGUGAAGCCCUCCAGACAAUUGACAUGAACCAAGACAACUAUCUAGAAGAAGCCUGUAAAAUGAGAAAUGUUCUUCAAGAAUUUCUUAAAAAUCAUGGAGAGCACCACCCAACUAUACUUGGGCUUAGAGAACACAUAUUCACUGGAAGUGUUUCAUCUCUUGCUGGGUUUAUGUCUUAUCAAGAGGCUAGCUUCGUCACCAUUGGACAGCGGUUUCUCGCAAAUCCCCUCAGGGUACGAUUUCAUUAUGGUCAUCCAGAUGUGUUUGAUAGGGUAUUUCACAUAACAAGAGGUGGCAUAAGCAAAGCAUCUAAAACUAUCAAUUUGAGCGAGGAUAUAUUUGCAGGAUAUAAUUCCACACUGCGUCGCGGAUGUAUAACUUAUAAUGAGUACAUGCAAGUUGGCAAAGGACGUGAUGUUGGUCUCAACCAGAUUUCCAAGUUUGAAGCUAAAGUAGCAAAUGGAAACAGUGAACAAACCCUGAGCCGGGACAUUUACCGCCUUGGGAGACGCUUCGACUUUUUUCGAAUGCUUUCUUGUUAUUUCACCACAGUUGGCUUUUACUUCAACAGCCUAAUAUCAAUACUCGGGGUUUAUAUUUUUCUCUAUGGGCAGCUAUACUUGGUUCUUAGUGGAGUGGAGAAAGCGCUGCUUGCUGAGGCUCAGAUGCAUAACAUAGAAUCUUUAGAGACAGCUCUCGCAUCUCAGUCUUUCCUGCAACUAGGUCUUCUGACAGGAUUACCAAUGGUGAUGGAGCUUGGUUUGGAGAAAGGAUUUCGUUUGGCCUUGAGUGAUUUUAUUCUCAUGCAAUUGCAGCUAGCAUCUGUCUUUUUCACAUUUUCCCUCGGAACAAAGGCCCACUAUUUUGGUCGAACAAUCCUUCAUGGCGGUUCUAAGUACAGACCAACAGGCCGCAGAUUUGUAGUUUUUCAUGCAAGUUUUGCUGAAAAUUAUCAACUAUACUCUCGCAGCCACUUUGUUAAAGGAUUUGAAUUGCUUUUCCUCUUGAUUGUUUAUAAUAUGUUUAGGAAAUCUUAUGAGAGCAGUAUGGUAUAUUUCAUGGUCACAUUCUCCACAUGGUUCAUGGCUGCGACAUGGUUGUUCGCUCCUUUCCUUUUUAAUCCUUCUGGGUUUGUCUGGCAGAAGAUUGUGGAAGACUGGACAGAGUGGAACAAGUGGAUGAAGAAUCAGGGGGGUAUAGGAGUACAGCCUGACAAGAGCUGGGAAUCAUGGUGGAAUGCUGAACAUGCUCAUCUCAGGCACUCAGGGCUGAGUUCUAGAAUUCUCGAAGUACUUCUCUCCCUACGCUUCUUCAUUUAUCAAUAUGGACUAGUUUAUCACCUUGAUAUAUCUCAAGAUAAUAAAAAUUUCAUGGUCUAUGUGCUUUCUUGGCUUGUUAUUGUUGCUGUCUUUAUAUCAGUUAAGGCUGUAAAUGAGGGGCAUCGGUGUCUUAGUACAAAUUAUCAUCUUCUGUUCAGGUUUUUAAAACUGUUGCUAUUCCUGGGUGUGAUAGCUUGCAUGGUUACUCUUUCAAGUGUAUGCAAACUCUCUAUCACGGAUUUGAUUGUAUGCUGUCUUGCAUUUCUGCCCACUGGUUGGGGACUGUUGUUGAUUGUGCAAGUUUUGAGGCCCAAUAUAGAAAGGUAUGGAAUAUGGGAGCCUAUCCGAGUUAUUGCUCAAGCCUAUGACUAUGGAAUGGGUUCUUUGCUUUUUGCACCUAUAGCAGCAUUAGCAUGGAUGCCUGUCAUCUCAGCCAUUCAAACUCGUGUUCUUUUCCACCAGGCAUUUUACCGGCAGUUGCAAAUUCAACCAAUUCUUGCUGCAAAAAGGAAACAUAGGUAAAUCAAGGCUUGAUGCGGUUGCCAUUCAAGGCUGUCAAUGUCUUUCUUGUUAAGUAUUCCUUGUAAUUUAUCUUCACACUCUGCAUCCUUUCAUGAAAGUACUGUUCUUAAGUUAGGCUCUGCAUGCAUCAUGAAGCGCUUGCUUAGAUGGUAGCACCUCUUGCUUGGCAAGAGGCCAGGUUUUUGAUUUGUAGUGGCAUUGAUUUGUAAUGGCUAUAGGACGGUGGGCCGGCAUUAGCCUCUUUUUCUUUGAAGUACGGGGGAAAAUGUUUUUUGCUUGAUCAGAAAUGUAGUUAGAAAUUCAAUGAAUUCGGUGCAUAUGAGAGGUGGCAAAUGGCCAUAAAUUACAAGAUUUGGAGCAUUCUAACUAGUAUGUUUGCGAGAGUGGUUCUAAUUCUAUAUAAUUAUUAUCUUGGGGUUUAAUUGAAAUUUCAAUUAAGUGUAGUCUUGUUUAAGCAUAGGUGAUCUUUUUAACAAGCUAGAUUAGCAUGCAUGAUUUCAUCUCUUCGAACACUUUGUAGUAUGCUGAUGCUUGGAACAAUGUUGUCUAGCGAACAAUGUAGAUAAGAAUAUGCCUUUGGUUCCGCCGGAUGAUGGCAACGCCCGGCGGGAGGCCAGCCGGCUUGGAAAAGGCCGGAGGCGUAGAA